AUGAAUAAUACCGAACAGGUCGGACUCGUAUUUUUCGUCUGUCGUCCUGCGAGGGUGUCCACAUUGGCUGUUCGGGACACGCGACAUGAAGUGCUAACAGUAAUGGGUGCAGCAGGUUCUAAACUCGAGAAAGCUUUAGGCGACCAGUUUCCUGAAGGCGAACGAUACUUCGGCCUCGAGAAUUUCGGCAACACUUGUUACUGCAAUAGCGUCUUGCAGGCGCUUUACUUCUGUGUACCAUUUCGAGAACAGUUGUUAGAAUAUUAUGCUAAUGGUAAAAAUAUUGGGGAUGCUGAAGAGAAUCUCUUGACUUGCUUGGCAGACUUAUUUACUCAGAUAAGUUCACAGAAGAAGAAAACAGGCGUCAUUGCUCCAAAGCGUUUCGUACAGAGAUUGAAAAAACAAAAUGAGCUUUUCCGAAGCUAUAUGCACCAGGAUGCUCAUGAGUUUUUGAAUUUUUUGCUAAAUGAACUGGUUGACAUCCUGGAGAAAGAGGCCCAAGCUGUAAAAAGUGAUCCUGAAACUUCUUCCCCGCCUGAAAAAACUGCAAAUGGACCAAAGCAUGCUCAAGCAAAUGGCAUUUCAAAAGAGCCUUUGGUUACCUGGGUGCACAAAAAUUUUCAGGGAAUACUUACCAACGAGACAAGGUGCUUGCAAUGUGAGACUGUGACAGCAAGAGAUGAAACUUUUUUUGACUUGAGCCUUGAUAUCGAACAAAACAGUUCCAUAACAAGCUGCUUGAAGAAUUUUAGUUCCACAGAGACUUUGAAUGCAGAGGAUAAGUUUUUCUGUGACAAGUGCUGCAGUUUGCAAGAAGCCCAAAAAAGGAUGAAGAUAAAGAAGCCUCCUCACAUCUUGGUCAUCCAUCUGAAAAGGUUUAAAUACAUUGAGCAGCUUGGUCGUUACAAGAAGUUGUCUUACCGAGUUGUCUUUCCACUUGAGCUGAAGCUGAGUAAUACUGUGGAAGAUGCAGAUAUUGAAUACUCGCUAUUUGCUGUUGUUGUCCAUGUAGGAAGUGGACCUAAUCAUGGGCACUAUGUGAGCCUUGUGAAAAGCCACAACCACUGGUUAUUUUUCGAUGACGAAAAUGUUGAGAUGAUUGACGAAUCUGCUGUGCAGACAUUUUUUGGGUCAGCGCAGGAAUAUUCGAGUAAUACGGAUCAUGGGUAUAUCUUAUUUUACGAGAGCAUUGGUGCUAGUAACAACAAGAGUUGA